AUGGACUGCACAUUCAGUUUACUCCCCUGUUUAGCUACCCUACUCACAUUAGCUAUUUCUCUCAAACUCUUUAUCAACUUGAAAAAAAUCCCAUCAAAAUCCCAUCCACCAGGCCCGCCGGGCUGGCCGUUAUUGGGCAACAUCUUUGAUCUUGGCGAGGUUCCCCACCAAACAUUCCACAAGCUCCAGGCCCAUUACGGCCCGAUCAUGCACCUCAGGCUCGGGUCCGUCAACACCGUCGUGUUACAAUCAUCCGAAGCAGCCGCCGAGCUCUUCAAGAAACGCGAUCUCCAAUUUGCCGACCGGAGAGUUCUCGACUCGUUCACGGCCUUAAGGUACAACCGGGGAUCCGUAGGCAUGGCAUCCUAUGGCGACUACUGGCGAAAGGUAAGACGUAUUUGCACCGUGCAAUUUCUUGUCCAGAAGAAGGUAAACGAGUCGGCUGCCGUUAGGCAAAAACGCGUGGAUGAAAUGAUCGAGUGGAUCAAGCGUGAUGUGGCGAAAUGA